AGCUUCACGCGAUUCCACAGAGCAUAAAAGUCAAUUGUCCCACCUGCACACAUGUCGAGCCCACUUCAAGACGUCUGGGAGGCUGCUGCCUCGUCGCCCUUCACCCCUACCAUCGGAAAAGAGACGCAAUUCAGCCUUGGCUUCUUGCUGCUCGCCAUAUCCCUCGUCUUGACCACCAUCUUCGGCUUGAACCGAUCCGUCGUCAGCCUGCCCGUCCUUGGUGUUCCCGCCUCAUUAGCAUUCGGCUUCGGCGCAGUCUACAUGAUUUGCGCAGUCGGCGUCUACGUCUAGUUUCGUUGCUUUAUUCGGCCGGCGUUGGGGACAUAAUUGCGUGUACAAUCUAUCGAAUUCCAAUAAAAAGUUCAAGAUUCCUCGCAU